CUCUACUGCAUGUAACAUAUACUAGUCAGUUUUUUGUUCACCCUCGUGGUGAUUGGAUGUGGUUCCCGUAAUUACGCAUAUUUUUGAUUGUGGGGAUUGCAUACACAUUGUCUCUGUUUUUCUUUUACUUUCGUAAUCGUUGACUGGCGUAGAAGAUAGAGUGUAACAGCUCUGCUCAGAGCCACUUAUUGAACCAGAACCAGUAACAUACACUAAACAAUUGCAGAAUGGCGAGCACAAGCGAUGAAAUUGGUUUUCUACAAAUUCGACUUACCACGAAACAAGAGCAAUACGCUGUGCCAGAUUAUCCUCUGUCAGUGAAGUCCUCAACAAACAAAGAGGAAUUAAAUAUUCUUGUACAUGGACUUUUAAAAGAAGCUAACGCUGAGCAGAACAAAGUAAAGUUUGAUUUCCUAGUGGCUUCUCAAUUACUGCGUACUUCCUUAAAGGAACACCUCAAUGAAAGGGAAAUUAGUACUGAAGAGGUAAUAGAAGUAGAAUAUGUGGAGAAGUACCCUCCACCUCAGCCCAAAGAGUGUAUCAUACAAGAUGACUGGAUAUCUGCUGUUGCUGUCCAUGGAAAAUGGAUUUUAACCGGUUCUUAUGACAAUUCUUUGCACAUCUGGACGACAAAGGGUAAACAACUGCUGGAAAUUUCUGGACAUACGUCUGCCGUCAAAGCAGUGGCAUGGGUGUCUGUCAUCGACAACAAUGCCUUCUUCGUCAGCGCGUCGGAGGAUCAGUCUACCAUGAUAUGGAGCUGGAAUAUCACGAAAAACUCGGCAGAAUGCGUGUAUAUUUGCGAAGGACACGAGAGAGGUAUCCUAACGCUUGGUUUGAACCACAGCAAAACGCAAUUGGCUACUGGUGGCUGGGACACCAUGCUGAAAAUAUGGUUAACAUCCACACAGAAUGAAACGGAGGACGAGGAGCCCACGUCGAAGAGGAUAAAGGCGAAACGGAGUAAAACGAGACUUCCGCAGCGCACUUUGGCAGGACACAAAGGUGCGAUCAGCGGUCUCGUGUGGUCCGAUAAGACGGAGGUCAUCACGGCGUCCUGGGACCACACUCUGAAGAUCUGGGACUCCGAACUGGGCGGCAUCAAGCACGAAAUCCCCGGCAAUAAUGUCUUCUUCGACGUAGACUACUCACCAUUGGCACGCGCCGUAAUAGCACCGUCGACCGAUAACCAGCUGAAGCUGUACGACCCGAGGUCUUCAGAGGGUGCAAUCGUUAAAACUGUAUUUAAAUCUCAUACGUCAUGGGUGCAAUGCGCGCGCUGGUCGACUGUGAACGAACAUCUCUUCGUCUCGGGAGGGCACGAUGGCUUCGUCAAGCUCUGGGAUACCAGAAGUCCCAAGGCUCCGCUUUACGACCUCACAGGACACGAGGAUAAAGUUCUCUGCUGCGACUGGUCGGAAUCCAAUCUAAUAGUGUCCGGCGGCGCGGAUAACGCAUUGGCGUCUUGGAUGUUCAAGCAGACGGAAGAUCGCAAAUCUCGCGAUGCGCCAUCGUUAUGCAAUGCAAAGACGCAAGAACUCGCGUAGAAUUCGUAUUGCAUCCGCGAAAGUAAUGUUAUCUACAAUUAUUAGAUAAGAUAUUUGACAUUUACUUGUUUAAUAAAAUAUUUUGUAAUAAGGAAUUUCCUGUGUUCCACACAAGAAUUUCAGUAGUGUAUUUCGAAAGGAAAAAAAGCUAAUUUAUUUUUCUAGAUCUUGGACUAGGAUGAUUUCAAUGCGUUUGUAGAUUUUAUGUCGUUUUCAAAUUCUAACUCUCCGCAACACAGAGCACUGAAGAGGCACAUUAUUACCCUCAAAAUACAAAGUAGAGGUCUUCACUUGGAAAAAAUUGAGAAAGUCAUUUAGAAAUCCGUGCGUACCUCCGGCGAGGAAUAGUGUAAGAGGACGGAACCUCUCAUCCUUUGUCUCUCUCCUCCUUCCAUUGUCGUCCAGGGAGACCAGAGC